AUGGGAAAUUAUUAUGUUGUCAACAUCACCCAUCCAACUGCUUGUAUAGUUUUGAAUGAGAUAGACACUGAACGUAAAACAGUGAUGAAUAUGUUUGCAACAUUUAGAUGGGUGACUGUCGUAACUACACGUAAACAGGCAACAUGUGAAUCAUCACCACCACCCACACGGAAAUCUAUUCACCCUGAAGCGUAUACAUAA